CUUUGUCUUAUAUAUAUAAAAAAAAGAAGCUAUAAUUUAAUGAGACCCCCAUUACGAAAAAAGACCCCAAAAAAGAGAAGAGCAUCGUUGGAAGAACCCUCCGAAGUUGUAUUGAUACCCGAGCCAGUGUUGAAUCCCGCCUUGCAAGCCAAAAUCGAUUACAUUCGUGCCAAAGACCAGGAAUUCGAAAGUAUAUCCAAGAUUCAACAAAAGAGUGAUGAAUUAGCCGUGACGACACAAAAGUUGGCCAAGGGCAUUGCCAUGUUGACGGACGAUACAGAUAAUGUGGUAGAUAUAUUGACAAAGUGGGAUGUCGUGUUUGGUGUGAUGGCCGAUUCCGACCGUCAUAUAGCAAAUACCGCAGACGAAUGGGUGCGUUUUGUCAAACCACAGGAUCCACUGCAACCAUUUCCAAAGAAACAGAGGAAUGCAUAAAUUAUCUACUAUAUACAUAUAAAUAACCUUAGAUACCCUUUUUUUUUCUUUUUUUUUUAUAAUAAAUAAUUAUUUUAGACGUGUUCGAAAAAAA